UGCAGGUUUUCCAUCUUCUUCAUAUAAUAUGUUUUCACUCAGCCAUUUUGCUUGCGUGACCAGUCGACUUCCAGACCUAGAGGAACAAGCAAUCUGGAGUAUCUGGACGGCUAGCCGGGUGCGGCCUCUGAAUGGCAGGAAGUAUAGCCAUCAAUAUUUACUCUGUGUGCAGUAGCCAGAGUGUCUGCGAGGACCAGCGGCACAGAGGAGAGCGAAGCCUCCACUAAAGCCCUCUCCCACCCAUUCUGACUAUAAUUGCAGUGCAGACAGACUGACUGGACCCUCUCCAUCUGUCGUCCUUUAACUCGUGACUUCCUUUGGUGCAGACAGGGGAUAUUGUGCUUUUUUCCAUUAGGGCUUGUAAAGAGAUUCCAACACUACAUGUCACUGUAUGAUUACGCCAUUAUAUGAUUCCAGCAUGGAGCGAUGCCUUGUAAAUGCCAGAUCAUCGAAGGAUGGUGCAAGGGAGCAUGGGAUAUAUACAUAAGAAUAAAUGGAAGGAGCUGGAAGUGUUUUUUUGUGUCGAAGUCACGCUUCGCUCUUACCCUCUAUUCCCUCUUUCUUAGACACGAAGGCUUCUGAGAUGCUCGCUGUACUGUUUGUUUUGGUGUAUUCAAGGAGUUACGCAACUCUCGCAGAUCACGUUUUGACGGACUCUCCCCCAGAAAAUGCUGAAGGCGAGGAGGGUGUUUUACAGUGCAGCUGUGAGAACACAUAUGCCUGUGUAAACAACACCUGCUGGGGCCCUAUUUGCUUCUACAGUUCGGUCCAUGAGCGGGUAGUCAGGGGCUGUUUUCCCACCAACGAGCAGUGCCAUGUGCCUGAUGUACCCGGAUUGUAUGCCAAAUGCUGCUUCACACACCUCUGCAAUGCAAACCUCAUUGUGCCUGAAAAAACAGUGGAAAAGCCCAUCAGAGUGAUUCUUCUGGUGGGAGUGCCGUUGUUGGUGCUGCUGGUGUUGUCGAUGGCAGCCUGUGGGCUCGUGUUGUGGCUGCGUACGAGGCGACAGCACCACCAGCUGGUGGAACACGACACUUCCAUGCUCAAAGUCCCCAGUGGAGGGGACCCAACAUAUGGGGAUAUAUUUGAUGAGUUUUGUACGUCAGGCAGUGGGACCGGCCUGCCUUAUCUGGUGCAGAGGACCAUGGCGCGACAGAUCUCUCUGGUUGAGUGUGUUGGUAAAGGGCGUUAUGGAGAGGUAUGGAGAGGCACCUGGAUGGGAGAGAGUGUGGCUGUCAAGAUUUUCUCCUCUCGUGAUGAACAGUCCUGGUUUAGAGAGACUGAAAUCUACAACACAGUCCAACUAAGGCAUGAAAACAUUUUGGGCUUCAUAGCAUCAGACAUGACGUCUAAAAACUCCAGCACUCAGCUGUGGCUGGUCACGCACUUCCAUGAGUUGGGCUCCCUUUAUGACUUCCUGCAGUACAGCAAGCUGGACCCCGAGGGCUGCCUGCGCAUGUGCCUGUCUAUCGCCAGCGGCCUUGUGCACCUCCACACCGAGAUCCACAGUACGCAGGGCAAACCGGCCAUUGCACACCGAGACCUGAAGAGCCGCAACAUUCUGGUGAAGAGAAAUGGGCAGUGCUGCAUCGCAGACCUGGGCCUGGCUGUCAUUCACUCUCAGUCUAAUGAUUAUCUGGAUGUGGGCAACAACCUGAGAGUGGGAACCAAGCGUUAUAUGGCACCGGAGGUUUUGGACGAGAGUAUUCGUGUUGACGUUUUUGAGUCUUAUAAACAAACUGACAUCUGGGCCCUAGGUCUCGUCUUGUGGGAGAUAACUCGUCGAACUAUUGUAAAUGGCAUUGUGGAGGAGUACAGACCGCCGUUCUUUGACGUGGUGCCCUCUGACCCCAGUUUCGAGGAGAUGAAGAAAGUGGUGUGUGUGGACCAACACAGGCCCAGUCUCCACAAUCGACUACACUCUCAUCCGAUCCUGUCUGCAGUUGCGAAGAUUAUGAAAGAGUGCUGGUUCCAAAGCCCUUCAGCUCGACUCACUGCUCUGCGUGUGCGAAAGACCCUCUCCAAACUGGACCAAGACCAUGACUACGACAUCGACAAGCUCAAACUGGACCUCUAGAAUAAACCUCCUGCCACGCAUAGCCAAGGAAGUUGAAUUCUAAUGGACCCACAUGACAUAUUUAUCCAUCUGAGUACUUUUAGACUCUUUUAAUGUGCCUUUCAAGCUUCUUGUCUUAAGGCUCCACUGAACAUGGCUUAUCUUAUCAAGACAUUAGUUCACUGUGGGAAGUCGAGGCCAUAACUGCACUGUUAAAUGUUUCUCCUCAAAUAUAUCCACACGAAUGCUUUUCCAGGACCUGCUUAUUUCAACACGGUGACUCAUUUGUUACUGAAAUUAAAACAAGGUGGAUGAACCCACAAAAUUCUUUUCAGUAUAGUGAGAGUGAGAAGUUUUUUUCAGGCAGGAUGUGGGUCAUUCUGGACUUCCUAACUGCGGUGUUUCCUGAAAUUCUUAACUUCCUAAACAUGACUGUAACCUAGAAAGGUAGGCACAUGCUUUAGACUGUUUGUUGCACUUAUUUUGUUGUAGCUAUUUUUUUUUUUGGUUCCAUGAAAGACUGGACCAUCUUUUUAAGAA